AUGGAUAUCAAUGUCACUUAUUCAGCUUACGACAUGAUGGAUAUCAAUGAUAAAGCCUCUGUCAAUGAUUCAAUUGACUUUGAUGGUUUCUUGGCUGCUGCCACUAACAACAUUGAGGCUGAUGAAGAGGACGCUUCUCUUAUUGAAGCCAAAUCCAGCAAUAUUGAGUUUGUACCAAUGUACACUCCCAACAGCAGUGCUGAGGCCGUUAGUCUGGAGUUGUUCUCCUUGUUUUUCAAGAACAGUGUUUCUCAUGAAAUCUACAAUCAGUCUGUCAAGAUCGUGGAUAUCUUGCUCAAGCAAGAAUACACAGUCAAGGCACAGGUGUAUGACAUGUGUGCCAGUGGGUGCUUUCAUUUCCCCGAUGUCAAGCCUGGAAACUCAAUCGUUGAGAAUGAGGUGUGCCCUCACUGCAAUGGACCAUGGUACCAGAGUGAGAGAGGCACUAUAUCACCUGUACAGACAUAUCAGGUAGUGCCUCUCUCGGAGCAAUUACACUUCAAGUUAGCUCACCCUAAAGAACAGGCAAAGAUCGCCUAUGGCACGGAGGAUAUCCUUGAUGGAGAUGGUAUCCAUAGACUGCUCGCAGGUGGGAUUGUUGGCCAGAGUGACAUGGUGGUGUCUAUGUUUGUUGACCAGUUCAACCCCUUCAAGGACGCCGCCAUAUCAGCUAGCAUCAUUCAUGUUAUUAACAUGAAUAUCAACCCUGCUGAAAGGUACAAGAAGGGUAACAUGACGCAGCUGGCCAUCAUCCCAGGGCCUAAGCACCCAAAGAACAUUGCUUCGUUUUUGGAGCCCAUCCUUGCCGACCUGUGA